UAUGGGGAGAGAAGGGAGGGUGCUGGCCUCCAUGUGGAGCCAGUAACUCACUGUGGACACCACCUCCUGAGAGCAGGCGGUUUCCCCGGCCAGCCAGCUCUCCCCUGGAGCAAAAGGAGAGAGGAAGUUGAGUCUUUGGAUCCUUGCUGCCCUGAAUUGACCAUGGCUCUGAUUAGAGGAUGCUGUAAGAUUCAGCGUCACCAGAAAAACAGAGCUGAGAAGAGGCAGUCUGCAGCUGUCCUUGUCCCUACAGUGUCAAAUGUUGAGCCUGAAAUCUUCAUGGGCCAGCUGCAUGGGCAAUCGAGAAGGGAACUGGUGUGGUUGGCUGUGACCCGCAGAAGCUGGUGUCCUCUGUCACAAGCUGUAUUUGCACCUGGUCCAGGAAUCAGAGAAAUUGUUGGAGAAGCUCAGUUAUCUAUGUCCGGCAAGUGGCUCACAGGAGCCUGGCACAAGUGGCCUGCUUGCACGCUGGAGAUGAGGGACAGGGCUGUCUUUGUGGUCAAGGGGGAGUUAGAGCUUACUUUAUCUCUCGUUAUUGGCCGUCUUUUCCCUGAAGGAAUAGGGCACCAAGUACAAGGCUCCCAGAGCAAAAGGGACGAAGACAUUGGAUUCAAGAAACAGAACAGGUCUCAAACGAGGCUGCCAGUCCUCUUUGUUCUGGGCUCCGAGGGCCUGGCGAUCCCUUGUCCUGUGGGCUGCUGCCACAGCCACGACCCCAGGGACAUCCAGUUUAGGAACAAAGAGGGGGUCCUGGGGAGCAGCUGCGAUGCUGCGUUUAUGGUCAUUUGCUUUUUGAUACUCCAGCUGAAGGAAUUCUGGGUUUCUCAGUACCAAAGAGUGGUCCGGAAUGUGGAGUAUGGGCUUUGGGUGGACACCUCCCUAGCCCCUGUGACUUAUGACCCUGUGGAAAAAUGGUGCCCGAGAAGGCCUAGAGUGGUGGUGGCGAACCUAUGGAAAAGCGAUGAAGAGGUAAAGAAAACACAGCAAGAGGGAAGUUGCCGGAGUAAGCUUUUCCCAUCCUUAGUGUCCUGGAGACGUUUGGUCUGCUCCUUGCUCUUUGAGAUUGUUCCAGGUCUUGGAAAGCUCACUGAGCAUAGCAGCAGGCAACUUGAGGAUUCUCCAUCUUCCUGCUGGCUGCUCUGCUUGAAAGGGUGCCACGAGGCUCCCAGAUUUGACAGAGAGACGGAGUCUCUGAACUGCUGGAAGAAGGAUAAAUUUCCACAGCCUUGUUUACAUAUGUCACACUGGCAGUCCUAUCAGCUUGGCGAGUUCCGGGAGCUCUGA